UCGGGCGGCCGGCGGGACGGAAGCCGAGAGGCGCUGCCGACCGCGCCUGCGACAGCGUCAGCCCUGCGCGGAGCGCCGGCCGAUGGCGGCGACGGCGGCGAUGGCCGAGCAGGAGAGCGCCCGCAACGGCGCCCGCAACCGCGGCGGCGUCCAGCGCGUGGAGGGCAAGCUGCGCGCCAGCGUGGAGAAGGGCGACUACUACGAGGCGCACCAGAUGUACCGCACCCUGUUCUUCAGGUACACGUCGCAGAGCAAGCACGCGGAGGCCCGGGAGCUCAUGUGCUCGGGAGCCCUGCUGUUCUUCAGCCACGGCCAGCAAAACAGUGCUGCAGACUUGUCCAUGCUGGUCUUGGAGUCGCUGGAGAAGGCGGAAGUGGAGGUGGCCGACGAGCUGCUGGAAAACCUGGCGAAACUGUUCAGUCUGAUGGAUCCGAAUUCUCCGGAGCGUGUGGCCUUUGUGUCUAGAGCCCUGAAGUGGUCCAGCGGGGGGUCCGGGAGGCUGGGCCACCCCCGGCUGCACCAGCUGCUGGCCCUCACCCUGUGGAGAGAACAGAACUACUGCGAGUCGCGGUACCACUUCCUGCACUCCGCCGACGGGGAAGGCUGCGCCAACAUGCUGGUGGAGUACUCCACCUCCAGGGGCUUCCGCAGCGAGGUGGACAUGUUCGUGGCGCAGGCCGUCCUGCAGUUUCUCUGUUUAAAAAACAAAAGUAGUGCGUCCGUGGUGUUCACGACGUACACGCAGAAACACCCGUCCAUUGAGGACGGCCCCCCGUUUGUGCAGCCGCUGCUCAACUUCAUCUGGUUCCUGCUGCUGGCCGUGGACGGAGGCCAGCUGGCCGUGUUCACGGUGCUGUGUGAGCGGUACCAGCCGUCCCUGCGGCGGGACCCCAUGUACAACGAGUACCUCGACAGGAUAGGACAGCUGUUCUUCGGGGUGCCGCCCAAGCAGACGUCUUCCUACGGGGGCUUGCUAGGCAACCUUCUGAGCAGCCUCAUGGGCUCCCCGGAGCAGGAGGCCGACGACAGCCAGGACGACAGCAGCCCCAUCGAGCUCGACUGACGCCCCCUCAGCCUGCAUGGAGAGGCCCCGCCUGCGGCGUGGUCGAGCGAGCCUGGGCCGCGCUCCGGGUCUGAGGCUGCAGCCAGGCGGCCGUCGGUGUGCCCUGGCUGAGGGCAGUGGGGCGGCUGUGGCCGUGGCUGUGGCCGUGGCCCAGACUGACCCACAAUAAAGCACAGCUUGCGUGCCACCUUCUCCCCGUCCUUGUUUCUGGUUUGCUUUGGGUGCCGAGGGCCGACACAGGCACCAGGGUCGGGGUGGCUGCCGUCGGGCCGACCCCACGUGGACGUCCACGGUGGCUGUUGCUCCGCGCCAAGUCCCAGGAGCCACGGCCUGCACAGGGCCGCGUGCAGACGUCUGGAGGCUGCGGGACUCCCACCUUGUGAUGCAAUAUUUAUUCCAUGGUGACAGUUCCUCACCUGCGGUCCAGGUUUUAACCAAACCACCAGUCCAGCCCCAAGCGGUCCCUUCCCACAUGCUGUCAGAUGUCCCGGGACAGCCAGCACGGGACACACUUUAUUUUUUCACAAUUAAAAGAAGAGUUGUAUGUAGAUGGAUACACAGUGACCGUGCGUGGAAGGAACGGACAGACAGUUCUACUUCCUGUGCAGACGGGACUGAGGGAGGUUUGUGUUUGUUGUUGAGUUUAAAUAAAUUCUUUAUA